GCUCGGCUUGUGAUCCCCAAAGGUCCGUCUAGCUGGAAUGAAUAUAUCUGAGCCUAGUUUCUGUAGAGAGGAGAUCUCCCAACCCCGAGGCGACUUUUCAUGGGGAGCCGUCGCGGCGGCCGCAGCAGCAGCAGCGCCACCUCCUCCGACGCCAGCAGCCGCAGCAGCAGCAGCAGCAGCCGCCGCCUCUGAUCCGGGACGCGCCUACCCGCCGCAGCAGCCCCGCGGCCCCGAGACCCCUUCCAGCCGCACCCCGAGCCCCGACCCGGGCUUUGGAUUUCGCCCAGGCGCACCGGCGGCGGCAACGGUCGGGGGCGGCGGAAGGGAGCCCGGCGGCGGCGCGCUCUUGACAUCUGCGGCGGCGGCGCCCAGCAGCAGCCGUUCCCCCAGCCCGGACGCCGGCUAUGGCUACAGCUCCGCCUCGGGCCGCGGCGAAGGCAAGAGCGGCGAGGAUUCCCGCAUCCGGCGCCCCAUGAACGCCUUCAUGGUGUGGGCCAAAGACGAGAGGAAGCGGCUGGCCCAGCAGAAUCCGGAUCUGCACAACGCGGUGCUGAGCAAGAUGCUGGGCCAGUCGUGGAAAGCUCUCAGCGCUAACGACAAGCGCCCCUUUGUGGAAGAAGCCGAGAGGCUGAGGAUCCAGCAUUUGCAGGACCAUCCCAACUACAAGUACCGGCCACGGAGGAAGAAGCAAGCCAAAAAGAUCAAACGGAUGGAGCCCAACAUCCUUCUCCACAACCUCUCCCAGCCUUGCAGCGACAGCUUCGGGAUGGGCCACCGCCCGCCGGGUGGCAUGGGCCACUCCCAGCCUCCCCCGCUCAACCACUUCAGGGAACUCCGUUCGGUGGGCUCGGAUAUGGAGAACUACGGCCUGCCCACCCCCGAGAUGUCCCCCUUGGACGUCCUGGAGCAGACCGAGCCGGCUUUCUUCCCUCCUCACAUGCAAGACGACUGCAACGUCAUGUCCUUCCGGGGCUACCAUCACCACCCGGCUCCUCCCCAGAUGGAGUUUUCCCCGGAAAAAAACCUGGGGCGGAACGUGCCAAUGGGCUACCCCCAGAACCCGCCGUCACAUCUGGCCGAGGCCAUGAGGACUCCCCACCCGCCUGGCAUGUACUACAGCCAGAUAUGUGCAGGAGCCGCUGGCGGGCUGUCGGCCCACUUGGGCCAGCUUUCCCCGCCCCCCGAAUCCCACCACCUGGACGGCGUGGAUCACUUGAACCCCAACGAGCUCUGGACAGAAGUUGACCGCAAUGAGUUUGACCAGUAUUUGAACAUGAGCAGGACUCGUCCCGACCCGUCGGGAUUUGCUUACCAUGUUUCCAUGUCCAAAGUGACUCCUCGGAGUCUCUCCUGUGAGGAGAGCAGUUUGAUAUCGGCCUUGUCUGAUGCCAGCAGCGCUGUGUAUUAUAGCACCUGUAUUACUGGGUAGGGCGGCUGUGUUCACCCAGGGGAGAGGUUCAGGGCACAGCUACAUGACAGGCUCAACCAGGUUCAACGGUCAUUUCCUCUUCCCAGGGAGGCCCGGGAAAUGCAAGCGGGGGCCAGGGGAUCUGCGACCGAAUGAUCACCGUUGUCCCCUAACUACAAUUCCCAGGUCUUCGGGGCGAAGCCGUGGCAGUUAAACCGGUGUACAUUGACAUAAGCUUGGCAUGUACUUGUACCCUCAGGAGCUUGGUAGCAAGGCAGGCAUAGUGCGCCAGUGCGCAGCGUCUUUGCUCAAGACAAGAGCAGCCUGGUUUCCUGUCCCUCGCUAACAAAUUGACUCUUGCCCGUUGAUAGACAGCGCAACUCAGGGGUUGCGCUUGCUUGUUGAGAAGCAAGCGACAACUUUCUGUGGAGCAGAGCAUUGCGGGGUCUUUGAAACCACGGCCACGGAGAACUAGUGUGUGUCCAAUGUGGGACUCAGGGAGGU